UCUCUCUCUCUCUCUCAGUUGAAAUACAGACUCAGUUCUGCUUUUCUUUUGCAGUAAAGAUGCUUCGGGCGGUUCGAGAUCAGGUCAGGAAACAUCCUGGACUGGUUCCACAGUUUUUCUUCAUCUGUCUGGGCAUGGGUGGAGCUUUUCUUUAUUUGUUUCGUCUUGCAAAAGGACCUCAUGUCAUCUGGAGAAAAAGCAGUAACCCAGAGCCGUGGAAUGAACUCAGCCCAACUUACCAGUACAAGUUUGUGGCCAUUAACACAGACUACAAAAACCUGAAGAAAGAAGGACCAGACUUCUGACUCCUGACAGAAUCACAACUGAUGUUUUUUAUGUAGACACUGACUUCAUUUUACUCCCUAUUAAAAAUAAAAUGAUUAUUAAAACAAAAUAAA